AUGCUAUUCAACGAUACACGCUAUAAUAAUCAUCAUAUAAUAGCCAAAAUCGGUUCAAAACAAUGGUCAACCAAUUGGCACCAGUUUUCGGGAUUUCCGUUUGCCUUUAAAUUUGAAGAUAACUUUCGCCGUACACACGAAUACAAACAGGAAUGGCUCCGGGAUCACUGGCACUAUUCAAUCUACAUAAGCAUAGUCUAUGUAACCAUUGUACAUGUACUGCAAACAUGGAUGAACACCCGCGACAAGCCAUUCAAUUUACGGCUACCGCUGGCCCUAUGGAGUACAUGUUUGGCCUUAUUUUCAAUUUGCGGUACAAUCAAGUGUUUACCGGAAUUUAUAGCCAUUUUGCUAACUAAAGGCAUUUAUGCCUCGUUUUGCGAGUCGUGUUAUUAUGAAGACAUCCGUCUAGUAUUCUGGUACUGGCUGUUUGUCAUAUCGAAAGUGGUCGAACUGGGCGACACCCUAUUCAUCAUAUUGCGCCGGCAGCGCCUAAUCAAACUUCACUGGAUACACCACUGUCUAACACUGUGCUACUCGUGGUAUGUCUACGCCGACAUACCGGCCACUGCCCGCUGGAUGGUCAACAUGAACUUCCUGGUCCAUUCGCUCAUGUAUACCUACUACGCCAUGAAAGCCGUACGGCUGGCCGUACCGCCACUGGUGGCCAAAUUUAUUACAUCACUACAGAUACUGCAAAUGAUGUUCGGCUUAUACAUCAAUUUGCGUGCCUUUCAGUUCAAACUAAACGGUCUGCCGUGCGAUCUGUCCGUAUCGGUAGUUACCACUGGUCUAGUACUAUACUAUGUGUUUUUCCUAUUGUUUGUCAACUUUUUCAUCCGUACCUAUCUAUUGGUUAAGAAACAACAAAAACAAAAACAAUUGUCGUACAAAUGCGGGUCAUCGGUAACAUCGGCUGAGACCAGUGGCCACAAUCAUCCUAAUCAUAAGCGCCGAUCUGUUGUGGUCCCGACGGCACCAAUCAAUUGUUGCUAUAGUAGUAGUAGUAGUAGUAAUGGUAAACUAUUAUCAUCAACAUUAUCACCAUCAUCAGCGCCAUCAUCAGCAUCGACAUCAUUAUUAUCGUCAUCAUCAUCACCAUCAUUAUAA